AUGACUUCGUCCAACGCCGGCCAAAAUGGCCUGGCGAACCUGCCGACCACGCCGCCGCCCAAGAACAAGACGACGCCAACAACACCCGGCCGACCUGACUCCGACGACCACAACACGACAGAAACCGCGACAGCGACCGCGACCACCGCCGCUGCCGAUCACCAACAGCCGCCGUCGCGUGCCGAAGCAUUCGAUACAGCUCAGCCAUCCAACGACGACACGUCGAGCAAACGCCAAUCGACGCCGGGGCCAGCCGACACCGUUAUGGCCGAAGCCGACGCAGACAGCGCUCCGCCUGCGACAAUGUCGCACCCGGCCUCAGCAGCUCACAUGGACGCUGGCCCCUUCGCCUCGUCCUCGUCCUUCCCACAUACCCCAAUUCCGAACAUGGACCACGCAUACAUGAUGAUGGCGCUUGCGCACAUGGCCGGCAAUCAGUUGUCCAACCAGAUGUCACCGCCCCCGACCGUCACGCCAGCUCAGGUCACCCUCCCCAGCACAAUUGGCAACGGCAACGAUCCUCUCGUCGCAAGCACACACAACCUCGCCGCCGCGACACAAGGCCUGGAAUCCUUCGCCCGUAUAGAAUUCGCCGACAGUGUUUUCCAGAUGACCACGUAUGCCGUUAUCAUCGGCCGUGAUCAAAAGGCUCUAAUGCAAGCGAAGAGAGACGAGAAGUAUCGCAAAAGGGCGGAAGAAUACGAACGCGACGGACUGCCACCUCCAGAACCCUUCAAUCAAAGGAAAUUCAGCAAGUCGUACGUCAGCGAGGAAGGAGGCAUGCUGGGUCCCGAAUCCGAUAGCGAAGGUGACGGUCGACCGGCCAAGCGUCGCAAGACGACCAGCACCGGAUCUUCGCAGAAGCAGCCGGAAGAAGACGAGGCAGACGAGAAUUUCAUCUCAAAUCGCCAGUACGUCUCGCACACACCCGGCGCGGCAGCCGUCGAUCUCGCUUCAUUACGGCCCUCUCCCCAUCACGUUCCGUUUAUCGGCAUCCAUUCGCCAGGACCUGACAUAGCGAAAAAGACGAAAGCCAUAUCAAGGGAGCAUUUGAAGAUCCAGUUCAACAAGGAACAAGGGGUCUUCGAGGCCAUCCCGCUCCAUAAGAACGGUUUCUUCAUUGACGACGUGCACCACAAGGAGGGUGUCGCCGUGCUGCGCAGUGGCGACCAACUACAGAUUAAAGACGUCGAUUUUCGCUUCGUCAUCAACGGUGUGCCGGAAGGACGGACGGGCGCUGAAGAAUAUCUCGAGGAGGACAAACUCAAGAAGAAGAAGCAUCCGACAGGCGGAAAGGAGAUGAGCUUCGAGUUUGAGGCGUCACAUGGCGACGGCCUGGAUGACACAAGCGACUCCUCGCUCAGCUCGCCUGCACCUUCUGACGCGGGCCUGUCUGACAUCGGCAUGGAAGAUGAUGAAGCUGAAGGAGACGCUGAAGCCGAGGCAGAAGGUGAGGCCGAACGUGCAGAAGCAGAAGCAGACGAGGCAGAGGCGGCCGAAGCCGAAGCGGCAGAGGCGGCAGCUGAGGCGGCCGAGGCAGCUGAAGCAGCAGAGGCUGAUGCCGAUGCCGACGCUGAUGACGCUGAUGCCGAGGGAGAAGCGCACCAUGAGUAUGGCGAGGAAGCAGAGAAUAUCCAACCAACCACUGAAGUCAAAUCAGAGGAGCAAGAAAUGGCACAUCUUUUGAUGGGAGCAGGAGCACCUUUGGGCUACCCCAACAAGAAGCGAGGGCCUGGCAGGCCACCGAAGAACGGUUUCAUGUCCAAACGCGAGCAACGGCUGCUCAAAAAGGCACAACAGGAGAUGGCGAAGAAGACAUUGCCACAGCCGCCUCCAGGUGAGCCUCCCAUUAAGAGAAAGGUUGGGCGCCCACGGAAACAUCCCUUACCGGAAGAAGGGGGCGAUCGGCCCGAGAAGCGCAAGUAUAAGCCUCGGAAGCCCAAGGGCGAAGAUGGCGCAGAAGGAUCAGACGCCGAAAGGCGGGCCAAGGAGAAGAAGGACAAGAAGGUCCGGCCCAAGUCGCCACCCCUGGAACUCAAGAUCGAGGACUACACCGAGGAACAGCUGCAGAAGCCAAACAAGAACUAUGGGGUACUCAUCGACGAGACGCUCACUGCAGCAGGGCCCGAUGGCCUCACGCUCAAACAGAUUUACAAACGGAUUACUCAAAGAUACCCUUGGUUCUACUUCCAUACAGAGACCAAGGGCUGGGAAUCCAGUGUACGGCACAACCUCAUUGGGAACGAGGCCUUCAAGAAGGACGAUACGACAGGCUUGUGGUCGAGAGUGCCCGGCGUCGAGCUCGAUGCCGGCAAGAAACGCAAGGCCUCGUCGCCAGAUCGAUCCGUGAGUGCGGGCUACGGUCACUACAGCCACCCGAUGUACACUCAGUACGCCCAGCAGCAGCAAGGCCAUAUGCCCCCCGGCUACCAACACCUGCCGCACAAUUACCACGCGCAAGCCUACACAGGGCAACAAGCGCAAGCAGUAGCGAGAACGCCUCAGUACUCGCCCCCAGGCGCGACGCCGACCCCUGGUCAGCCUGCGCCGCCAGUGGCCUCCCAACCAGUUGCGCCGGCAACGCUCCCUGGCUACGGGGCUGCCGCCGCCAUUGCUCGGCCUCAAGGCGUCGCAGGACAGCCGUCUACCUACAGUUCACCAUAUGCGCCAAGACCGCCUCCAACUCACCCGGCCGUCAAGACGGAAGACGGCGCCGCCGCCGCCUCGGCGGCAUCAGCACCGCCGCCACCACCACAACCUGCUCCGGCCGCCACCCCUGGAGCACGAACACCACAGAUACCCGCUGCUGCACCACAGCAAGCCCGACCCACCCCCACACCGCCAGCGCAAGCCGAACCCCGCCCUGUCAUUCAGCCCAGGCUGUUAUCCGCUGUCAAUGGCCUGAAGAACGGCCUCAUUGAAAACCUAAAGAAGGCCAAGAACCCCAAGGCCGAAGCCAUCGUCAUGUCCGCCCUCAACCGCUGUCUGGGGCUCAAGAGCACGGCCACAGAAAACCAGACGAUGGAGGAUAUCUGCAUGAAGGGCAUACAGAAGCUCCUAGACGGCUUCUCCACGCGGAGCAAUACACCCGGCUCGGGAGGCACGCCAACCCCGACUGGGCCCAGUAGCAUUUUCGACCCCAAGGUCUUCAACGCGCUGGUCGGCUUCAAGAAUGUCUCGUCGAACGCCCUCAAGGUCAGGAUUGGCGAGGGUACAGCCGAAGCAGUGACUCUGUCUGCCAUUGACCGGGUACUGGGUCUGGCAGACGCGAGCAUCGUGCCGCCGCCCGCGGAAGCCAGCACGUCGGGAUCGCCAGCGGCGGGCUUUGAGGGGAUCGAGUUGCAUUUGAUGAACUCGGUGAAGCAACUCUUGCUAGGUCUCAACCAGAAGUUACACGGAACAUAG